CUGUAGGUUAGAUUAAACAAAACAUUUAACCAUCCCACCUCCCUAUGGCAACGUAACGUUACAUGCGCAUAUUAGCGCAAACUUGCCCCCCAAAACUGAGAAUAGGAAGAGUUGUGUUCUUAUAGCGUCUGGUUCAUGGAUUAUUUAUUGACAGUAAAACCUUUAUCCAACAGUAAUGAUGUACAGAGAACGGAUCUUGGUCCCCAGCAGAGGUUUUCUUGGCGACAUUUACGAAUUUGGCACCCAAAGAAUAUUCAGAGAAACAACAAGAAGAGCGAUGGCUACAAGAGCCAUGUUUAAAGUUUUUGGGAGAGUCCUCUUACGAGCCAACAACAGGUUGUCCCACAGGCUGUUGACAACAAAGACAACCCAAAAAGUAACUUCGAAAUUGUUCACUCGUCUCACAAAAGAAAGCUUGCAGCAGAAGGCACAAAACCCGAUCGCAAAGCGAAUGUACUUACCCGGCUCGCACGGUCAAGGCUUCCCGAAGUACCUUGCGAACGCUCGAGAUGAUCUACCUUAUGCUGUGCAGGCAGAAGCCGCUGACCAGCUUUGCAUCAUGGAGCUAGGUCAGAAGGCCCGAGCAGAGCUUAACGAAUAUCUCCCCAAAUAUGGCGUGGUGCUUUUUCGAGGAUUGCCAGUCGAUAAUAAUUCGGCAUUCUCCGAAUUCUGCGACGGUCUCGGCUACGCUCCGAUGAGUUACAAGAGUGGUACGGGAAAUCGAAGAAAAGUACAAGGGCUGGAUCGUGUGUUCACAUCCACUGAGGACCCUAAAGAAUUCAAUAUUGAGCUGCAUAACGAGAUGGCGUGUUCGACUAUAUACCCAAGGAAGGUGAUCUUCUAUUGUCACCAAGCGCCUGGGGACGCUUGUGGAGGCCUGACACCUCUAGCAAGGAAUUCCGAAGUGUUUUCGAAACUUGACAUGCGCAUUAUUGCCAAGCUCCAGCAGAGACAAAUACGUUAUCAUAGAUACUUGACGGACGAGUCCGCUGGCCUGUAUGCAUCGUGGCAACAGUCCUUUCAAACCGACGAUCCGCGGGAAGUAGACAAAUUCCUUGACGCCGCUGGCUUCCACUAUGAAUGGAACCAAUCAGACAACAGCUUGACUUACUGGUACAUCCUACCCCCAAUCAUACCACAUCCGGUCAGCGGUGAGCCCAAGUGGUUUACCCAGCCACAUGUCCACCACAACACUUACUACAAAGAGUCGCCGAUGUUUGAAGGGUCUACCCUCCCAAACAACAAGUACCCAACUCAUGCAACUUACGGCGACGGGGAGGAGUUUGAACCGGAGGUCAUUCAGCACAUCCGGGCUAUUGGUUGGCAAUGUGCUGUGGGUUUUCCGUGGCAGAAUGGUGACGUCAUGGUAAUUGACAACUUUCUUGCGAUGCACAGUCGUCUUAGCUUCACGGGGGAAAGGAAGAUUUAUGCAUUCCUAACAGCAGACUAAGGCGGCUGGGUUCAAACGUAUCAUUCAUACAUUUUAACGUUUCAACCUAGCCUAGGUAUUAGCUGAGAACAUUUUUAUCUAUGAAUAUCGACGAGACAUACAGUUUUUUUGGAAAAAAGUCCGUUCCUUAAAUAACUAUAAAUAUAUGUUUCUAAUAUUAAAUGCCCUAAGUGCGUCGCCAGCAUUAACUCUGUUAAACGCGAAAAUGAACGAUGCGCUGGGCUAUUUUGGUAGAAUAAAAAAGGCAACGCACACUUCGCUAAUAAUAAACAUCUAAUUCAAUCAAACGUCGAUUAAGAAAAUAAAAAUACGACAGAUUAUUUUAGUGGAUGUAGAGACGUUGCACGAGAAAUUGGCGAGCGUCACAAGUGACUGGAAUCGUCAGUACCAAGGAUCACAGCAGGCAUUUUUCACGACAAAAUCAGUUUUAAUAAACAAUUUAUUCAAAAA